CGGCUCGGUGGGGCGAUGCCGGCGGAGGCCCGGCGUCCCCUCGAGGCGCCGCUGCAACAAGCGCGACGUGCCGUGCGAAGCGCACCUGCGGCGCGUGCAGGUCGCCCCGGAACGCUCCUGACGCGGCGGAGGAACGGGCCAGCCCCGCUGGAGGGCAGCCUCCAAUGCGGGCGCACUGGGGCGCCGCGCCCCCCGGGCUCUGACGUGGAGGACUCCGCCGCUAGGCCCGCCAUCUUGGAGCCGGGCAGAAAGGGGCAGCGGCUCUUCGUCUCUCGCGCCGCAGCCGCUGAGCGGGACGCCCAGGCGCGUCGCUCCACCGCUCGCUCCACGGCUCGGGCUGUGCGCGCAGGAGGCGCCUCUGCCGAAGGCGGAGCCGGAGCCCCGGCCGGGCCGAGUGCCCUCCCGCCGCCGCCGCCCCUCUUCCUCCUCCUCCUCCCACCCGCGGCUGAUUGCUUGGCUCCUGCCCGCCCCGCGCGCCGGCAGUGGCGCGACAGCAGCCGAGCAUCGGGGAGCUUGCGCUGCUCCUGCGCUGGCAGUGGCUGUUGCUCUUCCGGGGGCCGUCGGAGCGGCGGCUUCGGGCGGACAGAGGGGCGCCGAGGGGCGUCGCAAGCCAUGGGGGCCGCCGGGGCUCUCCGCCUGGCGCUGGCCGCGGGGCUACUGACAGCGCUGGCCGCGGGCGUGGCAGCGGCAGGUCCGGGGAAGAAGGGGUCCGGGGCGUCCGACGCGUCCGAGCUGGCGAAGGUGCUACCGGUGGCCGGCGCCCGCUUUGGCUGGAGGAACCUCAGCUGCCCCGCCUGCAAGGUCAUCUUCACCGCCAUCGACGCCGGCAUGCAGCUGGAGAGCAGCACGAAGCGUAUCCAGCAGCUGGCCGUGAGUGUAUGUGUGUACUUCCACUUCGCCACUUUGGAGGUGUGCCAGGAGAUCAUCGGUCUCUUUGAGCACGACGUCUUGACCACUUGGACUCGCUCUGUCAUGCGCCCAGCUGAGAUCUGUGGCCUCCUGUUGGGCUCUCACUGCGGGCACUGGGACAUCUUUUCCAACUGGACCGUCACUCUGCCGGAGACACCCAAGCCGCCCGUCCGCCCACCCACCCCUCCCCCUCCGGGCGCCCCUGUGGCCCGGGUGCUGUUCCUCACAGACUUGCACUGGGACCGGGACUAUGCCCCAGGCAGCAGCCCUGCUUGCAAGGAGCCCCUCUGCUGCCGGGGUGGGCAGCCCCAGGGCCCGGGCGCUGGCUUCUGGGGCACCUACAGCAAGUGCGACCUCCCCCUCCACACCCUGGAGAACCUCUUGCAGCACCUGGCGGCCACUGGGCCGUAUGACAUGGCCUACUGGACUGGUGACAUCCCAGCUCACAACAUCUGGCAGCAGAGCCGUGGGGACCAGCUAUACGCCCUCACAACCGUGACCAGCCUCAUCCAGAAGUACCUGGGGCCACUGCCGGUCUACCCUGCCGUGGGCAACCAUGAAUCUGUGCCUGUGAACUUCUUCCCCCCGCCUGACGUUUCUGGGAACCAGUCCUCUGCCUGGCUCUACAGCGCCAUGGUCGAUGCGUGGCGGCCAUGGCUACCCCACCAGGCCCUGGAAACCCUGAGGCUGGGCGGCUUCUACACCCUCCUGGUCCAGCCUGGCCUCCGCCUCGUCUCGCUCAACAUGAAUUUCUGCUCGGAGGCCAAUUUCUGGCUCCUGAUCAACUCUACGGACCCAGCUGGUCAGUUGCAGUGGCUGGUGAAUGUCUUGCAGGAGGCCGAGAAGAGUGGAGAGAAGGUCCACAUCAUCGGGCACAUCCCUCCCUCCCACUGUAAGCGCUGCUGGGGCUGGAACUACUACCACAUCAUCAACAGAUUUGAGGGCACGGUGGCUGGGCAGUUCUUUGGCCACACGCACGUGGAUGAAUUUGAGAUGUUCUACGAUGAGGAAACGCUCUCACGCCCUGUGGGCAUCGCCUUUGUGGCUCCCAGUGUGACCACAUAUAUCAACCUCAACCCAGGUUACCGGAUCUACCACGUGGACGGGGUCUACCCUAAGAGCUCUUACAUGGUGCUGGACCAUGAGACCUUCAUCCUGAACUUGACGCUGGCAAACCUGCCAGGUGCAGAGCCCCAGUGGCAGCGUCUCUAUGGGGCUCGGGAGACCUAUGGCUUCCCCACCGCCUUCCCGGCAGACUGGGACCAGCUGCUGCAGCGUUUCCAGGCUGAUGAGCACCUCUUCCAGCGCUUUUGGUACCUGAUGUACAAGGGGCACCCACCCAUCGAGCCGUGUCGUGAAGCCUGCAAGGUGGCCUUGCUGUGUGCCCUCCGCACUGGCCGGGCCGAUGACCCCAAACUCUGCCGGUCUGAGGUCCACAAGCUGCCCUUCCCAGAAAUCCAGGCGUGGUGGCGGCAGCGGCAGCUCUGCUAGGAGAACAGGGACCCCCAAGCAGCAGCCACACUGCGGUGCCACUGGAGGAGCAAAUGAAGACCAAAGAGCCUUCUACAGAAGUGAGAGAGAAUGUAAUACAAAUGCACAGAUUAGGAAAAGGGUACAAACUAAUAUCCAAGUGUUUGGAUACCCCAGUGAUCAAUAAUCAGGAAGUGGAAGCUGCAUCACACCACCCAGGCAUUGCCAAGAAAAGACCUUCCCUCAAAACUCAGCAAUCGAAAAAGGAGACUUAUGAGAGAAGCUACUUUGAGGUACCUACAGAGUUCAGUGGCUGGGAGUGGAGUAACGGUGCACCAGUCAACCACAGUGCCAUAACUAGGCAGGUGCAACAGGUGCACAGGCACAGGACGAAGGGGGCCCUGAAAUGGAACUGACCAAAAAAAUGGUCAAAUAUAAUAUUUUCAAAUUUUAAAUUUCGCCGCCGUGCUGUGCUGUGCGGUUGAUGUCGGUGAACCGAGUGCAUCUAGUGGGCCCAGGCAGCCAGCCCAUUGCGUUAUUUAGUGGUUUAGCAAUUGGUCAUUGCGUCGCUCAGUCCCUGGAUGCCCUCGACGCACUCUGCUCACCAACAUCUGAAUGAAUGAAUCGCAGGACUGAUCGACGCGUCAUGUGCGUGACGGGAGCGAAUGUUUAUGUUUAUGUUGUGGUUUAUGCCACUUUUUACCCAACGACCACAGCUGAAAAUAUUAUAUGGCUGGCAAAUACAAGGGAGUAAGAGCACGUAUUUUGGAAAUUAAUAAUUUGGCUCUAUUUGUACCUUGCGCAGCUCUAAUCUAAAUUUAGCUGGUGUCCACGCUGCAUCUAAAACGCCAGAAAUGAUCACUUUUUUUGGUACUGUGCGAGAUUAUUUAAUUUUUUCUCGUCCUCAACAACAUGAUGGGAAAUUUUAAUGAAGUCUUUAAAAUUGUCACUUAAAAGUUUUUCUGAUACAAGGUGGUCAUGAAAGGCCAAUGCAAUAAAGUUACUAUGUUUACAAUUAUCCGAAGUAAAGAAAGGAUUGGAAACGAUUGCAAAUGAUUUAUCAAAUCCAGAAGCUGUAUCAAAUGCAAAAAGUUUGCUGUUACAAAUUAAUUAUAGAUUUAUCUGUACUCUUUCUGUGUGGAAUAGAAUUCUACAAUCAUUCAUACAAUAAUUCUACACAAAAAUUAUUUAUAAACAAUUGUUAUAUCGUAUUUGUUUUAUUAUUAUUUCCCUCCCCCCCAAAAAAUUAAGGGGCCCAAAAAUAAAACCUUGCACAGGGCAGAUGAAAAGCUAGUUACGGCACUGGUCAACCAUAUCAAGAGCUCUGAUAACACUGGCCUAUAUGGGAGGCUGACAAGAAAGAAGCCGUUACUCAAAAAGUACCAUCUGAAAGCACAUCUGGAGUUUGCCAGAAAGCAUGAGAGUGCCCCAGCUGCAGUGGGGGAGAAGGUUUUGUCGUCGGAUAAGAUCAAGAUAGAGCUUUUUGGCCAAAACUCAAGCUAUGUGUGGUGCAAACCUAACACUGCCCAUGCCUCGAGACACACCAUCCCUACAGUGAAGUGUUGCGGCAGCACCAUCAUGCUGUGAGGAUGCUUCUCAUCAGCAGGGACUAGGCAUCUUGUUAAAAUCGAAGGAAGAAUGGAUGGAACAAAAUACAGGGAAAUGCCGCAAGAGAACCUGCUUAGUCCACUAAAAAAGUGAAGCCUGGAAGGAAAUUCACUUUUCAGCAGGACAGUGACCCCAAGCACAAGGCCAAAGCAACUUUGGAGUGGCUCCAGAACAAAAAGGUGAAUGUCCUGCAGUGGCCCAUUCAAAGUCAAUGCCACUGAGAAUCUGUGGCGCUCCUUGGAAAUUGCGGUCCACAAGCAACUUCCAACCAACCUGAACAACCUGGAGUGAAUCUGCCAAGAAUGGGCCAAAAUCCUUCUGACACUGUGUGCAAAGCUUGUACCUACCUACCCCAAAAGACAAAGCUGUUAUUGCAGCGAAAGGUGGUUCUCCCAAAUAAUAGUGUGGGGGGUUGAAUACUUAUGCAAGCAACGUUUCAGUUUUGUAUGUUCUUACAAACAUUUCCCUACAUAAAACCAAUGUCACCUUACAAUAAUUGAUUUUAAGUUUCAGUGUUUCAAAAUAAAAUACACAGAACGAA